UACAUAAAAUACAUGUACUAUAUACCCUUCAGUCGUUCAGUAAAAUACUAGCAGCACAGACGUGUGCUCCGAAACGGAAAAACACAAAUUAAAGUGCAGCCGAAAUGGCUGAACCAGAGCCAAAUGAAAAAAUCCCAGCUAAGAGGAGCUUGUUAAAAUGUUGCGCUCUACAUUGGCGGGGCAAAGCAACAUUCCUAAUGCCAUUGCUAACCUUGCCAUUGCUGAUUCAUGGAAUUUUAGAUGACGAACCAGCAUUCAGAUGCAUGUAUCUGGUGUCCAAUAUGGCACUCUUUUGGAUCACCGAAGCAAUUCCUCUCUAUUUGACAUCGCUAUUUCCGGUGGUUUUUUUGCCACUCUUUGACAUUUUGGGUUCUGAUCAGGUGUGCAAGUUAUACUUCUCCGAUACGGUGGUUAUGUUUAUUGGCGGCCUAAUCAUAGCCUUGGCCAUCGAAUAUAGCAAUCUGCAUCAGCGUAUUGCCAUGAAGACCAUUCUCAUAGUAGGCUGCAGUCCAAGGCGUUUGCACUUUGGUUUGGUCAUGGUUACAUGUUUCAUAUCAUUAUGGAUCUCCAAUUCGGCUGCCACAGCCAUGAUGUGUCCCAUUGUGAAGGCUGUGCUCAGCGAACUCGAUUCGCAAAAUAUAUUCACGGUGUACAAGUCUCAAGAGGAGGAGCCAGUGGAAGAGGGCGAUCCGCCUCAUCCAUCGACCAUAUCAAUGGCCUUCUACUUUGGCAUUGCCUAUUCCUCAACAAUUGGCGGCUGUGGCACUUUGAUUGGCACUGGGACAAAUCUGACCUUCAAGGGUCUAUACGACACACGUUUUCCCAAAUCGAAGACUCAAAUUGAUUUCCCCAUUUUCAUGGCCUAUGCCAUACCAAUAGUGGUUAUAGUGAACGUUUUGCUGCUGUAUUUUUCACUGCAAGUCACACACAUGGGUCUGUUCCGUGGGAAAAGCCAAACGGGGCUGGAGGUUAAGCGCGGCACCGAGGGCCAGGCAGUGGUGAAGACUGUGAUCAAGGCACGUCACGUGGAGCUGGGUCCCAUGACCUGUCAUGAGAUUCAAGUGACUGUGUUGUUCAUACUGAUGGUGUUUUUGCUGUUCACACGUAAGCCUGGCUUUGUCACUGGUUGGGGCGACUUUCUGAAUGCACAGAAAAUAGGCAGUGGACCGCCAGUUUGGCUGCCCGUCAUGUUGCUCUUUGCAUUGCCCACACAGUAUACGUUCUUCAAGUACUGCUGCGGCAAGCCUCCAUUUACUGGUCAGAGCAUGGAUGCCCUGCUCUCCUGGAUCUACAUACACAGGAAUACACCAUGGGGUCUAUGUUUUCUACUGGGCGGUGGAUUCGCUUUGGCCGAGGGCAGCAAGGUCAGUGGCAUGGCCAAGAUGUUGGGUGACUCACUGAAAUUCGCUUCCAAUUUGCCGCCCGUUGUGGUCGAAGGCAUGUGCAUUCUCAUUGGACUCUUCUGCACCGCCUUCAGCUCCAAUGUGGCCAUCUGCAAUAUUCUCAUUCCGAUCUUUAGUGAAAUGGCCUUGGCCAUUAAGAUGCAUCCCCUGAAGCUGACUCUGCCGCCAUCUUUGGCUAUUAGCAUGGCCUACCAUCUGCCAGUGAGCACUCCACCAAACGCCAUCAUUUCUGGCUAUGCUGGGAUCAAGACCAAGUACUUGGCUCUGGCCGGCAUAUUGCCGACAAUUUGGGCCUUUAUCGUCCUGAUGUUGAACAGUCAGUAUGGCAAUAUCAUUUUCCCAGAGAGCACAAAGUUCCCAGACUGGGCGAAGGACGCCUAAACACGUAUUUUUCCAUAUUAAUUUCCCAAACACUCACACAUGCCAACAGCAAAUAACAAAUCAACGAAUGACGGACGGCAUCGUUAAGGAUCUCAUAGACCUCUUCAUUGAUAAAUCCAUGGCUUACUUCCUAUACACUUGCACCAAAACAAAACCAAAAUCCACUAAAGGAUAGUAAGCCACUUGGAAUGUUAAUCAUAUACGAACAUGCAUAUGUAUUCGGAUAUGGUGGACAUUUUCCAAUGGCACAGAGACAUCGUAACACAAUCCAAUCCAAUACACCACAAUAUGUGUGGCAUGUUGUUAAACAAAUAUGUACAUGGAAGAUUAUUGUCCAAAAAUCUAAGAUUCAUAAGCCAAAUCAGCGCAAUAAGUUUCCCCUCAAUACGAAUACACGCAUACGGAUCCCUCUCGCAAAACACUGAAUACAAAUCAAAUUACAAUUCAAUGCAUGUGUAAGCCCCUCUGAAUGUUAAUGAAAUAUAUAUUGGUUGGAAACACUCGUUAAUAUCGGCAA